AUGAAGAUUGCAAUUAUCGGCGCUGGUAUCGCGGGAUGCACCGCAUACCUGGAGCUGCAGAAACACCUCCCGGAAGCCACCGGGGACCAUGAGAUCAUCAUCUACGAAGCCUACAAGGAUAUAGACCCAAGCUCGGAACAGCGCGAUGGAGAUGAGGAAGAGCACUCUGAUCCCUCAACACUCUUAGUAGGUGGCGGCCUCGGCAUCGCACCCAACGGACUGAAUGUUCUACGGCGCCUGGAUCCAGAUCUACUGAAGAGUGUCGUGCGCGGCGGAUACGUCGUGUCCACCUCCAACCUCAAGAACAAGCAUGGCUCGCUGCUUAUGUCUCUGAAAUCCCAUGUCUCGAGUGCAUCUGAAGAGAAUAUUGACACCCAAAAGAUGCAUAUGGUGGCGAGCAGCCGCCACGCGUUCUGGAAGGCUCUGCGUGCUCGAAUCCCGGAUGCCCAGAUCAUCAACAAGCGGGUGCGGGAGGUCGUCCCUGACGCAGAAAAAAGGAAUAUCGUUCAUUUUGUCGACGACAGUGCCCCCGUCGAGGCAGACUUGGUGAUUGGCGCAGAUGGAGUGCGCAGUACUACCAAACGGGCGAUUUUCGCAGACGCCGAAGAAGAUUCAUAUCUGCCUCAUUAUGAGGGCCUCGUCGGCGUCGGAGGCUUCAUCCCCACGACCGAAGUGCGCGAUCUCGUAGAAAAAGGGUCGAUGAACUUCAUCUUCGGAGGCAACGGGUUCUUCGGGUACUUUUUCGCCGACAGCGCAGUGGCAGCAGCAAACCGCGACUCACCAUACCACAUCUCCGAGCCCGGAGAAUUACUCGCAUGGUGGUCGACCUACGCGAUUGAAGAAUGCCCUAACGGCAAAACCCUCGACAUGGCAGAUGUGACACGCCAGCUGCGCGAGCGCCAUGCUUACUGGAAGGAUCCCGUUGUGCAGAAGGUUAUUCAGUCCAUCCGUGUGCAGAACAUGUAUCCCACAUGGACGUCGCCGCCGCUCCGGACGUGGGAGCGCGAUGGUGUUGUUCUUGUCGGGGAUGCGGCCCAUGCAUUACCUUCGAGUUCGGGACAGGGUUCGUCGCAGGCUUUGGAGGAUGUGGAGGCGUUGGCACUGUUUUUGGCCCACUAUCUUCGUGCAGAAUGCCAGGACAAAGAGCACCAACGAAAAGAUGACGAAGAAAAUGAAGAUUGUGUGGCAAAAGCUCAAAAGCGCGCUAUCAUGACGGCAGCGAAACAAUACAUAAAUUUGCGCCAGCCACGCGUCACCGAGAUAUUGGAAAAUGCACAAAAAAUGCAAAGCACAAAGCGCGAUAUGGGCUUGCUCCAGGAGUACUCGAUGUACGCUGUUAUGAAAAUCAUAGGAUGGUUCCCUAGUCUAAUGACGGAUCAAAUCCGAAGGGUGAAUGAGUAUAACGUCGCAGAUCAUGUUGCUCAAGUCCUCAGCGAACUCGGCUCGAAUUGA